GAGGAUUCUAACAGUCCCUGCACAUAUUUUGUCAUAGAUUAUGAAUGAUAUCAAGAAGGGAAUUCAGUACGCUUUUCAGACCAGUAACAAUAUGACACUGGCCAUGAGUGGCUCUGGGCACACAGCCAUGGAGUGUGCAGUCUUUAACAUUGUGGAGCCUGGAGAAAGUGUUCUGGUUGCCAUCAAUGGAAUCUGGGGAGAACGAGUCGCAGAAAUUGCUGAGCGGAUGGGUGCAAAGGUUCACACCUUGUUUAAAACACCUGGAGGACAUUUUACAAAUGCAGAAAUUGAACAGGCUCUGGCUAAACAUAAGCCAGUUCUUUUCUUUCUCACACAUGGAGAGUCAUCAGCUGGUCUGGUGCACCCAAUGGACGGCGUUGGUGAUAUUUGUCACAAAUACAACUGUUUGCUUUUAGUGGAUUCAGUGGCGUCAUUGGGAGCUGCACCUAUUUUAAUGGACCAACAAAAUAUUGAUAUUCUGUAUACUGGUUCCCAAAAAGCCUUGAAUGCUCCACCCGGCACAGCACCAGUUUCAUUCAGUGAAAGAGCAUGCCACAAGAUGUUUAACAGGAAAACAAAGCCAGUGUCCUACCUCCUUGAUAUGACCCACUUAUCCAAUUACUGGGGCAAUGACGGCAAGCCUGAAAGAAUAUACCAUCACACAGGACCUGUGUCUGGGUUCUUUGCCCUGAGGGAAAGUCUAGCCAUCAUUGCUGAAAUGGGUCUUGAGAACUCAUGGAGUCAUCAUACAGAAAUUGCAGAGUAUCUCUGGAAGGGCUUGGAAGACCUGGGCUUGAAGCUGUUUAUCAAGGACAAGGAUCUGAGAUUACCCUCCGUCACCACCAUUGCCAUCCCUGAAGGGUACGACUGGAAGGAAUUGCUGGCUUACAUCAUGAAGCAUCACCGAAUCGAGUUUACAGGAGGUCUAGGGCCCUCUGUUGGCAUGGUAUUGCGGAUCGGGCUCAUGGGAUACAACUGCAACAAGGCCAAUGCUGCGAUGGUUCUUGCAGCUCUGGAAGACGCUUUAAAGCAGUGUCGAAAGUCCAAAGCCUAAAGACUACCAGCUGACCUGAAUAUUUUUGCAGUUUCAUAUGGUGAUGCUUGUAGUGCGAAAAUUACACACUAAUGUAAAGAGUUAUUAUAUAUGUUUCAUAACGGUUGGUAUAAUGAAGAAGAAUUUUAGCUGAUUAGAAAUUGUACAUUCUGCAUCCCAUUGAACAAAACCAGCUGUUUUCAACGUGUUUCUCAAUGUCCUUUAAAGUUUCGACAAGCAUCACUCCAGCACUUGAAUGACCUUUAUAAAAACAUUACAGAGAAAUAAAUAAUUAAUAUAAUUUCA